CCAGGCUUGAUUUUGAUACAUCGCAUCUGUCAAACUGGAAAUAAGAAAGAGCGAGACAACGAGCGAUUCUCUUUUUCUUUCAUUCACUCAGCGCACUGAAAGCUGCUGAAAGCUCAUGAAUGCGAGAAGGACGGACUUCUCGCUGUCUCGCUCGCUUCGUAUCACGGUGGCGGAAAAUGGAGGGGCUGAAUCAGAUUGAAUUGCUUUGCUCUGGGCCGUGAAAUGUGCAUCACUGAUAAGUCCGGAUCUACAAUAGGUGUUUUAAGCCUUAAGUCAUCCGGGGUAAAGGGUAAUAUCGCAAUUGAAUCGUUGACUGUAUUCAUUUUACGGGAGAGGAGACAAAAGCCAUAAUAUAGAAGAAAAAGAAGAAUCAUGGAUGGUGGUCAAUCAAAAGACACGGAUCCGCAGUUUAUAUCCUUCCACGAUUUCCCUUCAUCGAUAAGUCAUGCUGACAACUCCGAAGGACAGCUGGGCACCGGGGCUUCCACUCACCAGCCCUUUAAUAACCUUCCAAAUGAUUCGAUAGAUAUCGGCAUGAUAGAAGAUUUACAAGGAAUACCCGCUAAAACCGAAGAUAUUGCCCAGAACAACUUCUGGACAAUUGAAUAUUACCAAAAAUUCUUUAAUGUCAACACAAACGACGUCUUGGAGAAGGUCAAGCUUUCUAUGAUACCAUAUGGUAACGACAAUUAUCUUGUAACGCACAUAAGGACAAAUCCAGAUUUAUAUGGGCCUUUUUGGAUAAGCGUGACUCUGGUGUUUGCUAUCGCGAUUAGCGAAAACGUGGUAAACUAUUUGCAGACUGCUGACUCUAGCAAGUAUCACUGGAGAUAUGAUUUUCAUAUUGUGACAUAUGCAGCCACUAUUAUAUUUAUCUAUGUGUUGUUUGUACCAUUACUCCUAUGGGGUACAUUCAAGUGUUUCAACAAACUUCAUCGAUUACCGGGAGAGGAAUUGAUCCAGGCUUAUGUCGUCCCAGGACUCUUAGACCUUUUGUGUCUGUAUGGAUAUUCCUUAAGCAUUUUUAUUCCAGUAUCUUUCCUGUGGAUAAUUCAAAUUCGCUGGUUACAAAGGAGUCUAAUCAUACCAGUGACGGUUUUAUCUGGAGGAGUUUUACUACGAUCAUUACUACCAGCAUUUGAAAGGAUUAAAGGGAAGAUUGUAUAUGGUGCUACAAUUCUGACAUCGCAUGUACUAUUGACAACGAUACUUCUGGUUCAUUUCUACAUCGCGCCAUCUAACAGUACUAUUUCGACCAAUAUGACUGAAUUGGUAGCAUCUUCUACACAGGCCAGUGUGUUGCAAAAAGUAAUACAAAAUAAUAGUUCUAUCGUACCGCCAACGACAUUUUGAAAUGACCAAAUGCAGAUCUGAUAAGAAUUAUCUUCGACACUAUCAAGAAAAUUUGUCUAUUCAUGUGUGUCUACAUCAGAUUUUAUUCAGAAUACUGUUUUUUAUUUAUAUAUCAAUCAAAAUAUAUAAGCACAUGGUGCUAAUUGUAUAGAAUAAUUGAAUAUGUAGAUUAAUAUAAUAUUAUAACUGUAAACUAUGUUAAGGUAAGAAUAAAGAAUAGCGUGAUCCCUUAGGCAUGCAUUUCUCUGAAAAAGACACGGUUUAAUAAAACUUUACUCCUACUACGCGACUGUGUUUUAGGGACAAGUGACAAGACUAGCGAGAAGUGUCUGGUUGAUUUAUUUCACAGCCCUACUGCAAUAUAGGGACGCGUUACAUCAACGCAACACACAUAUCAUUUACAAUCAUACGAAAUAAUCUCCACGACGUUGUACAUAAUGCGUGAUCGCGCGGUAUUAGUACUUAUAAUACAAUAGAUUAUUACAUUAUUAAUCGCAUAUAAUUUAUUAGUAUCUUGCUCGUUUACCAAUGUGACAAAAGGCAACAUUCAUUUUGUAGUUGUAUUGUUAAUGUUAUUAUCGUCAGUGUAUUUAAUACAUAUAUCGUGACAAUAGUAAUUCACUCGCUAUUGCGAAUGAAUGUACAUCUUAGUGACCAAUCAACCUAAAUUAGGAGGGACAAUCCCAAAUUUUUAUUCUUCAUACCACUUUACAACGCGUCCCAAAUUUUGUCCUAAAUUAAAGACAUGAUUAUAAAAUGUCCCUCUUUUAAGUGUGAAAAUAAUAAAUAUG